AUUGCCACUAUCCCUCCCACAUCCUCCAUGGUUCUCUCCACUUUCUUCUCUGUUUUCAAAACAAAAUGCAUCCCAUCACCCAUCUUUAUAAGUCCAGUAACAUCAAGUUCUUUUCUUCUAGUCAUUCUCACACAGAAGAAACUGAUCAGUUGCAUUCAUAAAACUCAACAAACAAGACACAGAGCUCCCUGUUUCAAGUCCAAAAACCAAAACAAAAAAUGGGGUCCUUCAAGGGAUUUUCCUCUGUUUCCAUCUUCAUGAUCAUCAUCACCUUCUUCUUUUGCAUGCAAUUUUGCACAGUUCUUUCUGUGAACUUCGAGGUCGGCGCGAAAGACGGCUGGGCUAUUCCUCCAUCCAAAAAUCAAGACUUGUAUAAUGACUGGGCUUCAAAAAACAGGUUUCAAGUCAAUGACACACUCCAUUUUACAUACAACAAAGACUCGGUUUUGGUGGUAACUCAGGAGGAAUAUAAGAAGUGUCAUUCAGAUCAUCCUCUGUUUUACUCUAAUGAUGGCAGUACUGAAUACACAUUGGAUCGAUCAGGCUUUUUCUACUUCAUUAGUGGUGUUUCAGGGCACUGUGAUAAGGGUCUGAAGAUGAUCAUCAAGGUUAUGGAGGAAAAAGAAAGCCUUCCUCCUCAAUCUGCAAAUGAAACGUCCAAGAAAAAAUCCUCAUCCGCAGACUUUCCUGUUUCUGCUUCAUUUUCGGUUUCUGUUGGCAUGAUAUUCAUAUUUGCACUGUUUGGGGCAGUUUGAAUUUAGUGUUUUUUUGGUUCAAAUUCCUUCUCCUCCAUUGUUUAGAGGUUUCCGUAGUUGUUAGGAAAAUGUAGCCUUUGAUUUGUUUGAACUUUUAGAACACAGUUCAAUGCACCCUGGUUUUCUUUUCUCUUUGUGUUCAAUAGCUUUUAAUUUAAUGUCUUCUGCAAGAUCGUUAAUUAGUGUCUUUCCAGUUCAAUUGUGUUUGGAUUUGUUAAUUCAGUUGUUUUCACGAUUCAAUGUAAUAAUGUACUCCCUCC